AUGUCCGCCGCUGCCGGAUCAUCUCCUCCCCCUCCCGGCGGCAACUCCAACAACAAGGGCACUAGUCAUGGAUCCUCUUCCUACCCCAACCUCAAGAUCCCUCUCUCAGGAGACGGAAGCACUCCCCAGAAGGCUGCUUGGGCAGGUAUCAUGUUCCAACCGCCUGGUAUCACCAAGAACUACGUCGUCGACGGCGUUGGCCUCUUCCCUCGAUACCGUCGUACCCGCGUCGAGGAAGCGCGUGAAUAUGCUCGACUGUCGUAUACGAUCCUCGACGGGGAGACCUACGAGGUUAUCCCCGAGUCUCAGAUCCCUCCCGGCCCCAUUGGCAACCCAUCUAUGCCCCCUGCUGCGGGUAUCGUAGCUCAGAUGCAGGACAUUGUCGCGCACGAGAAUGCACUUGCGACGGGUUCGGGGGCAGCAACUGAUGCUUACAACGCGCUUCAAGUUCACCACGGUGACGCGUUUGUAGACGACAACGAGAAUACUGGUAACUCAUCGGAAGACGCUGCUGAUACGUCUGGAGACCGCUCGGCUGGUGCCUCUUCUACGGACUGA